GUAGAACAAACCUCUGCUAGCACACCACUGUUCCUCGCAGCAGGAGAGCUCACACCAGAAGUCUUACACGCCUGGGAAAUGGGUUGCACCCAAUUCUUCCUACACAAAGAGGUGAAAGACGAUGAAAUGGUAAAGAAAGUCGCCUGGGGGAUGCAGGAACCGGUUAUGCAAGAUUGGUAUAGUAAUAAUCAAGCACGUCUCGACGGACUCACCUUUAAGGACUACAUGGAGGACGUGCACAGUUACUGGUUGCCAUCAGGUUGGGCUGAUCAGGUCCGGAGGAAGAUGCUGGCAUCGACACAGGGACAGCGUCCUUUCCACGAGUGGGCAGUCGACGUCCAAGGCCACAACACACUCUUACGUGGGACGCCGUCUCAUCUGAAGAACGACAGCAUCCUGUACCACCUUGAGGCCCACAUGAACACAGAACUGGCGGCGAACUACCAGGCCAAAAAUAUCACUGAGACCAACUUGCGCAAAUGGAUUGAGAAGGUGCGACUUCUUGACGAGAGAUGCUUAUGGUACCUUGUGCGACAGAAGGACACGGUAGAAGCUGCGCUUCGCGCAGAGCGUGCACGCUCCGCUGGAGAGAAGAAACUUAUAGCAGGAACACGUUUCAACUCAAAAGCUGGGCAAUCGACCAAUACAACUGUGACUGGAUCAAACAAAACAUUCACUCGCCUACCGUCAUUGACUGAAGAUGAACACCAGUUGCUCUGUGACAACAAUGGAUGUUUCAAAUGUAGGGAACCUUUCGCGGGACAUGGGUCUGCUACUUGCAAGAAGGGUUUCCCAGACGGCGCGAUGUACAAGACAUUG